GGUGCUGCUGUUGGCGUUACUGCGUCGCAAUGUCAGUGACAACAACAUAACCUAAUGCUUUGACAAUGUCAGUGUUUGGAGCCCUAGGUCGUAAUCUGCCGUAUUUGCGGCAGCAGUUCGGUGCCUUGUUGGGCAACACGAGCACGUCGGUGAAAUUCAUCUGCGCCGUGGUGCUGUUCAGUUACGGGCUGUCGUAUUCGGAGGCGGCCGUGCGAGUGAUAUCAGUGACACCAGGCUAUUUGAUGCCCCCGUCCUUCUGGCUAUGGACAGCAUUCACGUUCUGUUUCUUAGAAAUCCACUUCUGGGAAGUGCUUGUGGACAUUGUGACCGUGGGGCUGUGCGGGAAGCUGAUCGAGCCCCUAUGGGGCCAGAUGGAGAUGUUGACUUUUUUCGCGGUGGUUAACUUCGGAGUGGCUGUUAUCACGACGUUCUACUACUUCAUACUGUACGCGUGCACGUUCAACACCGACGUUUUGUUCUCGGUGCACAUCCACGGCCUGGCGGGAUACAUAGCCGGGGUCUCGGUGGCCGUCAAGCAGAUAAUGCCCGACCUGGUCAUCGUCAAAACCCCUCUGGGGAAGCUGAGCAACCGCAAUGUGCCCCUGAGUGUGUUUUUCCUCUCGUUGAUUAUGUGGGUCUUGGGGCUGGUGGAUGGCACCUAUCCUGCCAUGUUUUUAAGCGGGCUGCUGGUCAGCUGGGUCUAUUUGAGGUUCUACCAGAAGCACACCAACGGCUCGCGGGGCGACAUGGCCGAUUAUUUCACUUUUGCCAGUUUUUUCCCCAAUGUCAUUCAGCCGCCGAUUUCCGUGGCCAGCAACAGUAUUCACAGCGUCCUGGUUAAGAUCGGAUUGUGCAAAAAAGUGGUGAGGCGCUUCGACAUGUCCAACCCCACGGGGGUGACUGUCUCAGUGCCGGGGGCCGACCACCACGAUAUGGAGCGAAGGCGACAAAUCGCGUUGAAGGCGCUCAGCGAACGAUUAUCAAAAUCGCACGGGGACAAGCAGCCCCUUUUACCUAAGACUAAUCCCAAAGUUCUGAUGCCCCCCAAUUUUAUGCACGGCCCGUCGACUAGUGCAGCCCCGCAAGUGCUGAAUAACGAACAGACUGUUAUUAACGUCAGUGAACAACCAACAGCUACACCCAAAACCCAGACAUAACCGUUUUAAAGCAGUUUUAGGUGAAAUAAUUUAUACAUAGAGUAUAUUAAUUGUUGCUUUAUUUUGUAAGAUAUGUCAGACUUUAUUAUUAACAAAUUGAUUAGUUUGUGAUAUGAA